AUGUGGGAAGUUGGAGGCUACCGAAGAAAAUUGAUAGAAAAACAGGAAACAAAUAAAGAAAACAAUGAUGAUAAUAAUUCUGCAGCUGAGCCAUAUGUUCCUGGUGACAUAACAGAAAAAGAACACCAACUGCCAAGCCACGAUGAUUUGGCAGCCAAUCGUUUCCAAGGGCAGAAAACUCCCUCCAACGGUUUCCCUAGAAUCCGAGAUGACUUUUCUAGUCCUUUGCCGGAUCCUGGCCAAGACAACACCAAGGAAGUAGAAGAUUUCUGCAAACUUAAUAAGGACAUGGUACAUGCUGAGUGUCAGAGAGAGCUUGCGGAGAGUGUGGGAUGGAAGGGCCAUCCAGGCUACGGUCCAACAAGAUGCACCAAAAUGAAAAUUUACAGACCAAAAACUUGCGGCCAUAUAAAUGAUGGCGACGAAAGCAUCUCUAGCUUCGACAAAAAAUGGCGCUUCCUCAGACAAAGCAAAGUUACACCAAUGGACCUUGCCAUCUGUUGGGACAUGUGUCCAGAGAAUCCGGAGAACGAACCGCGGAGGCCCAAACACAUUGAUGGUUCGAAUGGUUCUGCAGCACCAGCUGUAUUCAGUCUAGUGAAUACCCCUAAGGAAGGCGAAGAAAAUGAAGAAAAGUGUGAUGGAAUACACGGCUGUGGGCCAUUAUUUCAUCAUGGUAACAAUGGCAAUGAAUUGAAGGAGUAUAUUUUUCAUCGUUCCAGAAGUAAAGCACCAAGUUUAGAUAGCGGCGGAUCAAAAGGGAGUUUACUUAAAAAAAGAGCGAAAAGUGCUUAUGAUGAUAACAAAUCAGUUAAUUCUACAGAAAGUGUUGGUAAUUUUAAAUCACGAGUGAAGAGCGCGCAAAAUCUAAACGAGUUUGAGAAGGAAUCUCAUUUUUCAAAGGAGAAGAAUAAUAAUCAUUUAGUAGUUGCAAACAAAAUUCACAGGAGCACUCCUAACCUAAGUGAAGACAAGUGUAGUGAACAAACCUGUCACAGAAAGUUGAAAAAUGUCUCGAACAGCAAACUGUGUGUCGCCUGUGAACUAAAAAAUAUGUCUUUGAAAGAAAGGAGACCGAAAUCUGAGUACAAGAUGGCAUUCAAGGCUGGUGUACCCCAUAAAACAGUAAGUAGAUCUAGGUACCCGCUAAGGGUUCCAAAACAAAAAGAUCCGUAUAUGCUAAAGAACUAUGUUAUUGAUAGUUUAGCUCCGCCUUUUUCUUUGCAGAAGGCUAAGAGGCAGGAUUAUCCCGAACAUUGGAGACUGGCUACGGUUUAUCAGCAUUCUUAUAAGCCUAUUCAUGCUAGAAAAAGGCCGUUGCUCCAUACUGUUUUCAAGUGA